AAAAAAAAAUGCCCUGCUGGAUUGCCAAUCAGUCACUCAGUGGAAUGACUGGCUCUGAAUAACUCAAUAUAUAGAUUGAAUCACUCCUUCAGUAACAGAUUAAUAUUGGCAAAAGUUCUACCAAACUGUCAAAAGGAUGCCCUAUAUGGAUCUCUAUAGGAUGUUCUUGACUGCAUUCAUAAGGUUCCUGUUGUCAUUCAAAUUCUGGACAACUGGCCAGGGUAUGACUUGAAUUUGUUCACAUACCCACAGCACUAUUAUGGAGACUUGGAAUACGUCCUCAUCCCUCAUGGCAUCAUUGUAGACAGAAUUGAACGGCUGGCUAAGGAUAUUAUGAAAGACAUAGGCUACUGUGACAUUAUGGUCCUGUGUGUGCUGAAAGGAGGCUACAAGUUCUGUGCCGACCUCGUAGAACACCUUAAGAGCAUCAGUCGAAAUUCCGAUAGAUUUGUCUCUAUGAAGGUGGAUUUCAUCAGGCUAAAAAGCUACAGGAACGACCAGUCCAUGGACGAGAUGCAGAUAAUUGGAGGCGAAGAUCUUUCAACACUGGCUGGAAAGAAUGUCCUCAUUGUUGAGGAUGUUGUUGGAACUGGGAGGACCAUGAAAGCGUUGCUCAGUAGCAUAGAGAAAUACAAGCCCAACAUGAUUAAGGUGGCCAGUUUGUUGGUGAAGAGAACACCUAGAAGUGAUGGCUUUAGACCUGACUAUGCUGGAUUUGAGAUUCCAAACUUAUUUGUUGUGGGUUAUGCCUUAGAUUACAAUGAAUACUUCAGAGAUCUGAAUCACAUAUGUGUGAUCAAUGAACACGGCAAAGAAAAGUAUCGAGUCUAAAGAAGUAAAUUUUCGCCAUCGAAUCGACAGAUAACAUUCCUACUUAACGACUACACUCAGGAAGCCAGCAUGUAAAGUUUGUCUCCCAGGCAUCUUCACUCAGCAGGAUUUAAAAGAACAAAAAAAUUUAAUGAGCAGGCUUUAUUUUCUGAGAUUAUAACGUAAAGAGUCCCAAAGGUUCUUCAGGAAAAGAAAGCAAUGCUUUUAUUUGCCUUGUUUCAAAUUAAACACUCCACCUUGUGACUCAUAAGUUCCAUCUACCUUCACACCCCUGAGAUAUACUUUCUUUUGUUUUGAUAAAGUCAUUAUGGGUGAUUACUAUACCCCCACCUACUAACUCAAAUAGUUUUCACUUAACUAUUUUUUUUAAAUACUCUACUUUACAAUCUUGAAACCUAGAAGCCUUUUAUGUGAACCUCUGAGCCCAUACGCUAGAAAUGCAACUAGAUUCCCAUACUAGUAAAGGAGGGAAAGGACAAUUUAAUAUAAAUUUCUGUUUGCGCACUUCUGACAGGCCGUUAUUAUCUGCUUUGACAAAGCCUCUCUGAACAGCCGCGUACAGUGAAUCUUAAUGAUGUUAUGAAAUAGGCCUUUGCCAGUGCUCUUGAUCGGAGCUUCCGGUACGUGAUAAGGGUAUGUCAUGUAUGCAUGGAUGUUCUCAACUGUGUUUAAUACUCUGAAUUUUAAUUAGAAAAAAUACAAUGGCAGAAAGCUCUGGUUUCUAAGGGGCAUCCUUUAACUCACGUGGGACAUGAGCAAAAUUGUGGGGCAGGGGAGAAGUGUUUUCAAUGCUCGAAACUAAGCACGUAUAAAUUUUUCCUGUGUUUCCAUCAGAGGGCAGGACAUUUUUCUGUAUUAUCCUAAACAUGAGCACAGAAGUUGAAUCAUUUCUUUAAAGUGGCCUUGUGAGACUUGAUCCCACAAUCCAAGGCACCGUAGAAGACUUGGAUACUUAAAGUUUUUUCUGAGUAACAUUUUUUUCUCCAUUUCCACUGUUUCAUGAGAUGUUUUCUAAUUUAUGGGGAUUUUAAUUGAAAAUAAACUUGAGUGCCAAUGGAGCCGGGUUUUUUUCCUCACUUCCUAAAAGGAGCAAAUGCAAAGUAAAUAACUAAGCAGACUUUGUUUGGUUCUGAACCAUAUGUGGUAUAUUGUUAUCAAGUUCCAGCUUCCUUUAAACUAAUAAAGAAUAAGAACACUUGUUACGUUUCA